AUGAACUAUAACCUGGCAUAUCCCAAUAACAGCUUUUAUAAUUCAUCUUCAAACCAACAAAAUAAUCGGCCCAAAGGUCAAAUAUCUAUGGUACCUCAACCUGCCAUGAUGGCACUGAAUUCGAUUUUGACUAUUGCACCUUUCAAACAUAGAAAGGAUUUGAUAAGAGAAUCCGUUUUAUCAAAAUAUCAAAUUGUGGGCUAUAUAGCUGCCGGUACAUAUGGAAAAGUUUAUAAAGCGAAGUCAAAAGACACGGCGAAUAAAAAUGGGAAGGUGCCAGAAUUGACAAAAGAAAAAGAUGAAAAUGUUCAACUAUUUGCGGUUAAAAAGUUCAAGAAUGAUAGCACUUCCAGCAGCAAGGCUGCUACACAUGAUAUAAAUGGUAAUGAAUUGAUUCACUAUACUGGGAUUUCUCAAUCGGCCAUUCGUGAAAUGUCUUUAUGUCGAGAGUUAAAUUACAAGAAUGUAAUCAAAGUGAUGGAUAUCAUUCUUGAAAAUAAAUCUAUAUUCAUGGUUUUUGAGUUUUGUGAGCAUGAUUUACUUCAGAUUAUCCAUUAUCAUUCUCAUUCUGAUAUUAAACCAAUACCAGAGCCUACUAUCAAGUCAUUGACUUGGCAGAUUUUAAAUGGUGUGACAUAUUUGCAUCAAAAUUGGGUCUUCCAUCGAGACUUGAAACCAGCAAAUAUCAUGGUUACUUCAAAUGGAAUAGUCAAAAUCGGGGAUCUUGGACUAGCCAGAAAAUUUAACAACCCAUUACAGAGCCUUUAUUCUGGAGAUAAAGUCGUCGUGACUAUUUGGUACAGAGCUCCUGAACUCCUUUUAGGAGGAAGACACUACAGUCCUGCAAUUGAUUUGUGGGCCGUCGGAUGCAUAUUAGCGGAGCUUCUUUCCCUCAGACCAAUCUUUAAAGGAGAAGAAGUGAAAAUAGAUCUCAACAAUAAAAAGUCUGUUCCGUUUCAAAGAAAUCAAUUUCAAAAAAUUGUCGAAGUUUUGGGUACCCCAAACACAAAGGUCUGGCCAUCUUUGAAUAAGUAUCCAGAGUAUAUGUCAUUUCAACAGCGCAUAACAAGUAACUAUCCCCCGAAUUUGGUAAAUUGGUAUAAAUUAAUAGGCGGGACCAACAAACAAUGUCUAAGCUUAUUGAAGGGGUUAUUAGAAUACGAUCCUAGCACCAGGCUCACAGCAGAUGAUGCAUUAGUACACCCCUACUUUUUAAGUGCCCCAAAAGUCACCGAAAAUGCAUUUGAAGGUCUCGAUGUAAAAUAUCCUAAAAGGAGAAUAUAUACCGACGAUAAUGAUAUCAUUUCUAAUCAAUUAAAGAGGCAUGGCUUUGAUGAUAGCAAUAAUAGAAAGAGACAAAGAUAG